CCCUACUAACGUCCUUCCCUCCUCCCCGCCUUUCCCAGAUUUAGUGUGCUUCGUUCACAUUCGUUUCAGUGUUACACAAGUCUUCUCUCUCACAAUUUAAUUCUCCGAUGAUCAAUUCUUCAAAUUAUCAAAUUUAACUGGUAUUAACGUCAAAGAAAGACACCCUGAAACUAGUUACUAUCCCCUUUCUGGCUUUUUUCCUCGCCAAAAAUCCCCGCAAGGUCUCAACUGUUAUCGUAUGUUGGAAACUGCAAAGUCCUUAAAUAGCUUGAUGAGAUGAGGCCAAUUAGACUUCCCGAACCUCCCACUAGUCCGAGGGGUAUGCCGGAGAUCUUCGAAGGCGGAGUUUUUGGCGUAAUACGACGUGCCGUUAUCAUCGGCAAUGGAUUCCCUGGUGCUGAAAACCAGUGUAUUGGCUUGGUUCGUGCGCUUGGUCUUUCGGACAAGCAAUUCUUCUAUAUGUGAGGAAUUACAACUUAUUGGACUCGGGUUGGAUGUUGUUGGAUCCAAAUAUGACCCGAUUAAUAAUCAAAAGUCACACCUAUGGUCCACCUUGGUCUCAAACGGCUUCUGCAUGUUUGAUUUGCGUAUUACGCGACCCCGAGGAGGAAUCAAUGAGUGGCUUCAUUGGCUCCCCGUUUCUCUGCAUAAGAAGUUGGAUUAUGUCGUCAGGCAGAUUUGUGUUUAUUCACAUGUUUUGUUUACAUCAGGCGGGAAGAAAAUUGCUUCCCUGCCUUCAAUUAACUGCAGCAGUGUUGGCUUAUCAUCUGUUCUGGAAGCUGAUGUGAAACAGAUAGUAAGCAUGGCCCAUAAGACUUUUGAAAAGGAUGGCCCUUUGCUGGUUGUUGCAUCUGGAAGAGAUACAAUAUCUGUUGCUAGUUCCAUAAGGCGGUUGGCAUCUGAUUAUGUGUUUGUUGUACAGAUUCAGCAUCCAAGAACACGUCUAGAUAGAUUUGACAUGGUCAUAACUCCUCGUCAUGAUUACUAUCCUUUAACUCCUCAAGCACAAGAGCAGAUUCCUAAGUUUCUCCGACCAUGGAUUACUCCACGUGAACCACCUGGUAGGAACGUGGUCCUCACCAUUGGAGCUUUGCAUCAAAUUGAUUCUACUGCACUCCGAAGUGCAGCAAAAACAUGGCACGAUGAGUUUGCUUCUCUGUCUAAGCCGUUGCUUGUUGUCAAUGUUGGGGGGCCCACAAGCCAUUGCCGAUAUGGUCUUGAUCUUGCGAGACAGCUGAUAGCAUACUUGCAGAAUACUCUUUUGAGCUGUGGUACAGUAAGAAUCUCUUUCUCAAGAAGGACCCCGGAGAAGGUUUCCAAAAUUAUAGUGAAAGAACUUGGAGAUCAUCCUAAAGUAUUCAUAUGGGAUGGUGAAGAGCCAAAUCCACAUCUAGGGCAUCUAGCUUGGGCUGAUGCUUUUGUCAUCACAGCUGACUCAAUCAGUAUGCUGAGUGAGGCUUGCAGCACCGGGAAGCCUGUUUAUGUUAUGGGAUCUGAGCUUUGCAAAUGGAAGUUUGCGGACUUUCACAAUACUCUUAAGGAACGAGGCCUUGUGCGGCCCUUUACUGGUUGCGUGGAUUUAUCAGAGAGCUGGAGCUACCCUCCACUUAACGACACUGCAGAUGCUGCCAGUAAGAUACACCAAGCACUUGCUGAACGCGGAUGGACUUUGCGAGCUUAGAGGAGCUCUUUGGCACUUGUAUAUUGUGCUUUUUGGGAAACUGGUAAUUCACCCCACCGGUACAGAAGCAAAGUUCUUGAAGAUAGUCAAGAAACUGUCAAGGUGGAUGGCUUAUCUUGUACUUCUUUUUGCUAAUUAUUGGCUUGUUACUUUUUUGGGUAUUAUACAUAUCUGAACUAGCGGCUUGUAAAAUACAAGAGGGGGAGGGAAGAAGGCGUAUACAUAUGUGAUACAAGCUGUAUCAUACAACAAGAGUUCGUUGUUGAUCAUGGUGUUUCAUUAUUCUUGUUUCAUAGAUUCAUUAUACAGCAACUCACACAAACGUUGCUUUUCUGUAUAGCUUGAUAGUUUUCUCUCUUGCGAAUACAUUUUGAAAUCAACCAUCUCAGUUUGAGGGUUUGAGAACACACAUUUACACACUGACAAGUGAUUAUAUUUAAAGACAUUGAACACCAUAAAAUCCCAAAUUACUCUUACCCUUUUUAUAUUUUAA